UCCACAACCGCGAAGGCGCCUGUCAAAGCGCACACAUUCUGCCUCGGCGCUCAACUCCCACGCCCCGGCCCCCUGCCUGGCCAGGCGCCAGAUCCGCCUCCCGGACUGGAUCCAGAGGGUCCUCCGUGGCGUCUUUAAGGCUGCGGUCCCCGCCUCUCACUCCUCCCCGCCCUCCUCGUGUCACGGCGGCUCCUUCGACCUCCCAAGAACCCAGCGGCAGGGCGUGCGUGGCGCGCGGAGCAGGUGCCGGCGAGCCCCUCGCAUGCCGUUGCCCGGCCCGGGGUGGUAGCGGCGCCAGGCGCGCUCCGCCUGCCCCUCCUCCCGGCCGCACUCAGGCUCCUGUGCACGGGGACAUGUCGGUGGCAACGGGCAGCAGCGAGGCCGCUGGUGGGGCUGGCAGCGGCGGCGGUGCCGGUGCGCGGGUGUUCUUCCACAGUCCCCGGGGCGGCGCCGGCGGUAGCCCGGGCUCCAACAGCGGAUCGGGCUCCUCUCGGGAGGACUCGAAGUCCCUGGCCACCGCGGCCACGGCCGGGCAGGUUCAGCAGCAGCGUCGCCACCAGCAGGGAAAAGUGACAGUGAAAUACGAUCGCAAGGAGCUUCGGAAGCGGCUGGUGCUGGAGGAGUGGAUCGUGGAGCAGCUGGGACAGCUGUACGGCUGCGAGGAAGAAGAAAUGCCAGAUGUGGAAAUUGACAUUGAUGAUCUUCUCGAUGCAGACAGUGAAGAGGAGAGAGCUUUAAAGUUACGGGAAGCUCUCGUAGACUGCUACAAACCAACAGAGGAAUUUAUCAAGGAGCUGCUGUCUCGGAUCAGAGGCAUGAGGAAACUGAGUCCCCCACAGAAGAAGUCUGUGUGAUUCUGGCACAGGGCACAACUUGCCUGGAGACCAAGACCAGGUCCUGGACUUUGGACUUCACGAGGACUUAUAUUAAAGAAUAGUCGUCCUUA